UCAAGCUACUUAUGUUCAAGAAUCUAGGAAUUUUGAGUUUCUCUCACAAAUCAUGCCAUCAAUUCAAUCGCAUAGAUUUAGCUCAUUUCGUUCAUGGCAUUGUGAAUCCUGGGUUUGAUUCGAGCCGACUGCCGACUCGACUGCUCAGUGAAUUGUCCAAAUCGGUGAAGCCCGUGAAAUGUCUGAUAGGGACGAGUUUAGUUGGAGCACGAUGAUUUGCUGCUUAUGCGAAUUCAGGAAUGUUCGCUGAAGCUAGAAUACUUUCUGAUGAGACUCCGAAUAGAAGUUCUAUUGCUUGGUCUUCUAUUAUAUCAGAGUAUUGUCGAUAUGGUUGUGAAAUGGAAGCUCUUGAAUUGUUUCGACAAAUGCAUUCCGAGGGACAAAAGCUGAGCCAGAAUACGUUGGGCAUGUGAGGAAAGCCACCAUAUAAAUCAAACUUGUACUUUUUGAUUCUGUUUGCUCUUCAGGUGUCUUUCCGCUGCCCCCAUGCUUUGGGUAAUUUCAAGCCAACUUUCUUUCAUGUCAUGCCUUCUAACAUGAGUUAUGAACAAGCUAAAACCUUCUCUCUUCCACCCCUUUAAACCGCCGCCGCCACCACACCCUACCACCACCAAGUCAUUCAACGCUAUCAUCAACCGUCUCUCAUCGCAAGGCGCUCACCAUGAAGCGUUCCUCACAUACUCCUCUAUGCUUAAUACCAACACCCCUCCAGACGCCUUUACCUUCCCUAGUCUGCUCAAAGCCUGCACCUCUCUGCACCUGUUCUCUCAUGGCCUCUCAUUCCAUCAACGUGUCAUUGUUAAUGGGUACUCUUCUGACCCUUAUAUUGCGUCUUCUUUGAUAAACUUUUAUGCCAAAUUUGGGUUCACAAGCAAUGCUCACAAAGUUUUUGACAUAAUGCCUGAGAGAAAUGUUGUUCCUUGGACUGCGAUCAUUGGAUGUUAUUCGCGCACAGGUGAUGCUUAUAUGGCGUUUUCUAUGUAUAAUGAGAUGCGGCGCCAAGGAAUUGAGCCCAGUUCAGUUACAAUUUUGAGCAUGCUCUCUGGAGCUCCUGAGCUUGCCCAUGUGCAGUGUUUGCAUGGUUGUACAAUUUUGUAUGGUUUUGAGUCUGAUAUAGCUUUAGCAAAUUCUAUAUUAAACGUUUAUGGUAAAUGUGGACGCAUUGAGGAUGCUAAGGAAUUUUUUGAAUUUAUGGAUCACAGGGACAUAGUUUCAUGGAAUUCUUUGAUUUCGGGCUAUACGCAGACUGGCAAUAUUAGAGAAGUUUUGCAGAUUUUAGAUAGAAUGAGAAUUGAAGGUACAGAUCUUGACCAGCUGACAUUUGGGUCUCUGCUGUCUGUGACCGCAGCACAGGGCAAUCUUGAAUUGGGAAAGUUAGUUCAUGGGAAGAUUUUGAGAACUGGAUUUUACUUGGAUGCACAUGUUGAAACAUCACUUAUAGUCAUGUAUUUAAAAUGUGGGAAUAUUCACAUUGCAUUUAGGAUAUUUGAACAGACCUCAGACAAGGAUGUUGUCCUGUGGACGGCGAUGAUCUCAGGGCUUGUGCAAAAUGAUUGCGCAGAUGAGGCACUUAUUAUUUUCUGUCAAAUGUUAAAAUCAAGAGUGGAGCCAUCUACUGCUACAAUAGCUAGUGCUCUUGCAGCUUGUGCACAACUGGGUUCUUUUGAUCUGGGGACCUCAAUUCAUGGUUACAUAUUAAGGCAAGGAAUGACAUUAGACGUCCCUGCUCAAAAUUCUCUUGUUACUAUGUAUGCUAAAUGCGGUCAUUUGGAUCAAAGUUAUGCUGUUUUUGAUAGAAUGGCCAAAAGAGACUUGGUUUCUUGGAAUGCAAUAGUUGCUGGCUAUGCUCAAAAUGGCCAUAUAUGUAAAGCUUUGAUCCUCUUCCAUAAAAUGAGGAUAAACCUUCAAAGACCUGAUUCAAUAACCGUUGUGUCCCUUCUCCAAGCUUGUGCUUCCACUGGGGCACUCCAUCAGGGAAAGUGGAUCCACAACUUUGUAAUUAGAAGUUGCCUUAGACCGUGCAUCUUGGUCGACACGGCUUUGGUUGACAUGUACUCUAAAUGUGGUUACUCAGAUACUGCCCAUAAGUGUUUUGAUGGAAUGGCAAAGCAAGAUCUGGUCUCAUGGAGCACAAUAAUUGCAGGAUAUGGUAGUCAUGGCAAAGGGGAGACUGCUUUGAGGAUGUAUUCAGAGUUUCUGCGCACUGGAAUUGAACCAAACCAUGUCAUUUUCCUCUCAAUUCUGUCAGCUUGCAGUCAUAAUGGGCUUGUCCACGAGGGCAUGAGCAUCUUCCAGUCUAUGACAGAAGAUUUUGGUAUUGCGCCAAACCUUGAACACCGUGGUUGCAUUGUUGAUCUUCUCAGUCGUGCUGGAAGGGUAGAGGAGGCAUUUAACUUUUACAAGAGGAUGUUUCCAGAACCCUCAAUGGAUGUUCUAGGCAUACUCCUCGAUGCUUGCCGGGCCAAUGGUAAAGAUGAACUUGGUGAGAUAAUUGCCAGAGAUAUUCUCAUGUUGAGGCCUGCAAAUGCUGGUAACUAUGUGCAACUGGCACACAGCUAUGCUUCAAUGAAUCAAUGGGGUGACGUGGGUGAGGUGUGGACCCAAAUGAGGUCUCUCGGCUUGAAGAAACUCCCUGGAUGGAGUUUUAUUGAACUGCAUGGGACCCUUACCACGUUCUUUUCAGAUCACAAUUCACAUCCUCAAUUUGAAGAUAUAGUGACAAUACUGAAAGCUGUGAACUGGGAAAUGAGGAAAAUAGGCAUUAACGAUAAGACCACCCAACUACUUGAUAUAUCCUGAAAAUGUGGGUAAGAGAGGCCUAAAGCUUCUUAAACAAAAAUCCCAUCAGCCAAUGUUUUGGGAUGCCUGUUGUGUCAAGGGACAUGAGAUUUAGAAUUCUGAUUUUUACUGAAACUUGCUUAAGAAGUUGAAGCACUCAAGUAGAACAAGGAUUUGAAUUUUGGAGUUUAUAGGAGUGUUGUUGAACUACAUGGGACAAUUACUAUGUUCAUUAUUAUAGAUGACAGUUCUGCACAAAAGAAAGUCAAGCUAAGAUGCUCAAGCAUUGCCUACAUGGCAAAAACUAUGUGGUUAAGCCUCUUUUUUGGGUAUGUUACUCUGAAGAAACUGUGGUUUUGGGUGAGGGGGAAGUGAGUGAACCUUUUUUUUUCUAGCAAGUAAAUCAAUGACAGAACUGGGUUUUUUGUCUAUAAGCUCUCAUUUGUUAGAAAUUUGCAUUUUACUGUGACAUAUUCUAGUGAUUCAUUG